AUGGGCCAGCAACAGGGCAAGGAGCGCUCCGGCAGCUGUGGCGCGCCCGGGGCUGGGAGUGCGUCAGGAGGCGCCGUGGGUGGCGCCGGGGGCACCAUCUCGAGUGGCGGAGGCACCCUGGGUCACGGCGCCCUCCGCUCCAGCCGCAUGAAGCCGCGCCCCAAGGAGCAGCGCGGCAUCCUGGGCUCCAACAUCUUCACCGAGCACAGUGAGGCCCUCUUGCAAUCUCGCCCCUUGCCCCACAUCCCGCCGCCGGGCACCGUGGUGGGUCUGACGGAUGAGAUAAUUGCCCAGGGCACGGACAUCAGCCAUCUGACGAACGCCCAGAGUGUUCAGCAGUCGCAGGUGAGCUUCGAAGCGGCUCACCGCUGGACAUCCAAGGAGAAUCUGCUCACGCCCGGUCCAGAGGAGGAUGAUCCACAGCUCUUCGUGGCACUGUAUGACUUCACGGCCGGCGGGGAGAAUCAGCUGAGCCUGCGGAAGGGCGAGCAGGUGCGCAUCCUGUCGUACAACAAGUCGGGCGAGUGGUGUGAGGCGCACAGUGACAGCGGACUGGUGGGAUGGGUGCCAUCCAACUACGUGACGCCGGUGAAUUCACUGGAGAAGCACUCGUGGUAUCAUGGACCAAUAUCGAGGAAUGCUGCUGAAUAUUUGCUGAGUUCUGGCAUCAAUGGGAGCUUCUUGGUGCGCGAGAGUGAGAGCUCACCGGGCCAGAGGAGCAUCAGCUUGAGAUAUGAGGGGAGAGUGUAUCACUACAGGAUACAGGAGGAUUCAGACGGGAAGGUCUAUGUGACGACUGAAGCGAAGUUCAACACUCUGGCAGAACUUGUGCACCACCACAGUGUUCUGCAUGAGGGACACGGACUGAUUACACCGCUGCUCUAUCCGGCGCCCAAGCAGAAUAAGCCCACAGUGUUCCCGCUCAGUCCGGAGCCAGAUGAGUGGGAGAUCAGCCGGACGGACAUCGUGAUGAGGCAUAAGUUGGGCGGCGGUCAAUAUGGCGAAGUGUACGAGGCGGUGUGGAAGAGAUACGGAAACACGGUGGCGGUGAAGACGCUGAAAGAGGACACAAUGGCUCUCAAAGACUUCCUCGAGGAGGCGUCCAUCAUGAAGGAGAUGAAGCAUCCCAAUCUCGUGCAGCUCAUUGGCGUGUGCACUCGCGAGCCGCCCUUCUACAUCAUCACGGAAUUCAUGAGUCACGGAAAUCUGCUGGACUUCCUCAGGACGGCCGCCCGGGAAACACUGGAUGCCGUUGCAUUGCUCUACAUGGCAACUCAGAUCGCAUCUGGGAUGAGUUACUUGGAGAGUCGUAAUUAUAUUCAUCGAGAUCUUGCGGCGCGAAAUUGUCUCGUGGGAGAGAAUAAUCUGGUGAAGGUGGCAGACUUUGGGCUGGCCAGGCUCAUGCGUGAUGACACGUACACAGCUCAUGCGGGAGCGAAGUUUCCCAUCAAGUGGACUGCUCCCGAAGGCUUGGCGUACAACAAGUUCAGCACAAAGUCCGACGUGUGGGCUUUUGGGGUGCUUCUCUGGGAGAUCGCCACAUAUGGCAUGUCACCAUAUCCGGGAAUUGAUCUCACAGAUGUAUUCCACAAGCUGGAGUCUGGCUAUCGCAUGGACAGACCGCCUGGAUGUCCGCCCGAAGUGUAUGAUCUGAUGAGACAGUGCUGGCAGUGGAAUGCCCAAGACAGGCCCACAUUCAAGAGCAUCCAUCAUGCUCUUGAGCAUAUGUUUCAGGAAUCUUCCAUCACUGAAGCCGUAGAAAAACAAUUGCAAGGUGUAGCGCAGGUUCCCACAUUAACGCCGCAGAUGGGAAAGAAGAGCCAAAUGAGCAUUCACAGUCCACCACCGCCGCCGCAGCAGCAACACGAGCAGGUUGUGACGACACCGAUGUCAGAAACUGGUUCAUCGUCCACGAAAUUGAGCACUUUUUCAACCGCCAAAAUGGGAAGUGUCCAGAUGAGACGGACGACUAACAAGAAGGGAAAGACUGCUCCUGCUCCGCCGAAGAGAACUAGCCUUCUCUCCACGAGCCGGGACUCUACAUAUCGUGAGGAUGACGGAAAGUUGCUAGACGAGCUCAAUACCAAUGGCAUGACACGCGAUGGUACGCUGGGAAAUCGCGAUUCGGAGAAUGACGGAGCGGAAGUGACACCAGACACGGACACAGAUAGUCAGGAACAGAUGCACCAAAGACAGCAGAGUGGCUCUUUCAAACGUGUGACACCCGUGAUGGGGAAUCGUGGCUUGGAGACGCGCAAUAGCAAGAGAUUCCAACAGAGAAAGGAGCCAGCGACCACGGGCAGUUCAUCUGGCGGUGAGACUGCAUCGCCAGUGACUGUGGGCGCCCUGGAGGUGCAGAAUGUCAAGAGAGCCAUCAAUCGCUACGGCACUUUGCCGAAAGGCGCACGAAUUGGGGCAUAUUUGGAAUCUCUGAGGCAGAACACAACGCCAGACUCUGGCACGGCAACAACCUCCCAGUCAUCGCUCACGCAAGAGAAUAGUGCUGGAGCUGAAGUGGUGAAUUCCACGCCGCCAGCAGCUGCGAGUGUCCUGUCACCGAGGAAUCAUAUCAAGAGUCAGCCACAGAUGAUCCGCAGUAACUCCUCAGGUGGCGUGACAAUGGCCAAUUCCGCAUCGGCGAGUCUCAAUAAAUUGCAGCGUCAUCGCACCACCACGGAUGGGAGUAUGAUAACGUUCUCCUCUUUCCGAGGAGCUGUCAGUGGCAGUCCGAAGAGGAGUUUUCAGCCAACACUUGCCGAUUUGGAGUUUCCACCACCUCCACUGGAUCUUCCACCGCCGCCUGAGGAAUUUGAGACGCCUGCUAUGGAGAUUGACGUGUUGCCACCUCGUGAGCCCGCUUCGGCUGCUGGUAUUACUCAAUCGCAGAUCCUGACGCCAUCCUAUGACGUCUCCAACACGGAGCCAAGUGUGGAGGAAGCUUCAUCGAGAUUCGGUGUGAGUCUGCGCAAGCGAGAGCCCUCCACAGACUCGUGCAACUCCUUGGGCAGUCCAGCUGUGGACGCAAUUGCCGAGGGGAAUGUGAAGGAGAAGCUGGAGAUGAAGUUGGUGGCGGAGAUAAAGGAGCGUGCUGGUGAUCAGCAGAAAGUGCCAAAAUUGCCACCUGAGGCCAAAGGCGUGGAUCCCGUGUCGCAAUUGGUGAAUGAGUUGGCGGAAAGCAUGAACCAGGGCCGUGUGGACAUGAAGAAACUACCGCCGAAGCCCAUGGUGGAUAAUCACGCGACAUUCAAGAGUCAGCUGAAGAAGGUGGAACCAAAGAAGGUGCUCGGCGAGAAGAAGGACGAGGCCAUAAUUGACUUCAAGUCGCGCCUACGCAAGGUGGAGUGUGACGUGGAAGAGAGUGGCCACGAGGAGAAGCGCAAUGGCGAGGCGAGGGAGGUGAAAAAGACUGAAAUCAAAAUAGAUAUCCAGGGUGAGAAGGCGCCGGAGAAGGGUGAGGAGGAGGAUAAGAGGAAGAGUACAGGAAGUAUCAAUAGUCUGAAGAAAUUGUGGGAGUCCAAAGACACAAUGGCUCCGGAGAAUCCGCCACCGGUUCAGCUCAGUCCGAAAUUGUGCCUCAAGAAGGCAUCAACUGGUGAUGAGGAGACACCGGAAGAGGGCCAGAAUGCAAAUUUGGGCACCAGCAAGAAGCCCGCUGUUCCCAUGAAGCCCACUAAGCUCACAAUCUACGCCACGCCAAUUCCGACAAAGGCGCCCGCCCAGGAGCAAAACACUUCCAUCACGGCCACCAUCAGUCGCGAGGGCAUUCUGGAGUUGGUGACUCUGCUGGAGGGCAGCCUGAAGAUUCCCGUCACCGCAAUCUCGGCCUCACAGUGGCUCCAGCUCAGCGAUAAGCUCAACAUUUUGCAAAACUCCUGUGUCACUUUUGCAGAUAAGGAGACAAUGCCGCCACAUUCCAAGUUCCACUUCCGCGAGCUCGUCACCCGUGUGGAAAAUCAAUCGCGGAGUCUUCGUUCUGCGGGCAGCAAGAAUGUCCAGGACAAUGAGAAGCUCGUGCUCGAGGUGGGACAGUCCCUGAAGCAGAUAUCAAAUGCACUUCACAGCAAACCACUGAAAAGUUAUUGAGUUCUUGAGAGAGAGAGAGAGAGAGUCGAGAGACAGAAAGAGAGAGAGAGAAAUGAGUUGUUUUUGCAAUAUAAUUUGCAAAGAAAUAUACAUUAAAUGCAAUAGUGGAAUGAUGAAAAGAAUGUAAACCUAAUGUACUCUUUUUUAUAGUGACAGAUAGUGAAGAGAAGAAAAGUGGAAACAAUGUAGGGAAAAAUAAAGUUGGAAGGGAGAGAUUGAGAGAGAAGAAAAGGUAUUGAAAGAAGAGUGAAAAAAUUCUUUUUCUUUUAGGAAACUUACAAUACAUUAUUCUAGUCGUAGUGAUAAGGGUGUAAGGCUUUUCCUUUGUUCAUUUUUGUUUUCUUUGUGUAAUUUUUACAAUGAAGAUCGGGCGAGGGAGGAAGAAAAACAGGAGAUCAGAGGUGAAGUAGUGAAUAACUUGCGUUUUAUUUCAAUUAUUAUUUUUUGUUAGAAUAAUAAAUGCAGAUCUUAUGAGAAAAAAUGUCAUGAUUAGAUAGAUGGGAAAUAAUAAAUAUUGGAAUGUAGGAUAUUUCUUCAAAACUACCCCAAAGAUAGUCUUCUUAUCCAAUCGUAUAUAUUUUUUCCUUCGCAAGUUAACAGCAGUGAAUUUUCAACACUACUACAAGAAAGAAAGAAAAAAACCAACACGUUUUAAACGAUACACUAUUUUAGUGUCCAGUAGCCACAGCUAAAGUAAUAAUUCUUAAUAGAAAGUCAAGUAUUCAAUGUCAGAUAAGUUUAAAGAAGAAGAAAACAAUUAUCUUACUGUGUAUUUUUACUGUGAGACGAAACUAAAGUGAAAGGAUAAAAGAAUGAUUUUCGACUUAUUUCAUUGAUGAUGCAUAAAAGAGAGGUGAAAGUCUAGGUAUUUUAAAAAAUUAUUAAAGAAAAAAAAACUAUGUAAGACCAAUAUUAUUAAACAAUUUCUUCAAUAUAUUGACGAAAUAAAUAUUUGUAUUAACUUAAAAAAAAACAAAA